UGAAAAGCCCGAAACAUGUUCAUGGAACUUGUUAGCCUCACACGUAUGAACCAAACAAUUACCGCCUUGAAAAAAACGUUGAACGUUGCUUUUGAUCAGUUGGUAUUCAACCCUCAAAGCGUACGGAGUUCCACUGAGCAGAACGUAAACCUCCUUCUCGAGAUUCAGAACAUGAAGUUUGUCGCUGUUGCCGUUUUCUUGGCGUUCGUCUUGGCGAUUGGCGUGGAUUCAGCGUCCGUCAGCCUUUCCAGCAGCCAACUGACGCUCAAUGGUAACGCUCAAAUUCAGUUUUACGGUCCUAAAGAAGAGAUUUGGGCUGGUUUGUCCAACGGCAACCGAUACCCCAUCCUCAAUAGUGGUGACAUGAUUGCCUUGCGCUCGUCCUAUCCUUCAGGCAGCUACUCGAAGUAUUGGAUGCAUUGUAGUUCAUCUUACUGCUGGUAUGGUACCUGCAAGGGUACUGUUAUGACUUCAGCGGCGUGGUCUGGCUGUUCAAGCUACAUGUAUUUUUACAUCCAUGCCAUGGGAAAGUUGGACGGACAGCCCAUUAACAGUGGCGAUACUGUAUCGAUAAGCUCCAAGGCCCAUGGAACCAGCUACCGGCUCUAUUGUAGCACAUCUACCAGUUACCAAUGUCGCAUGUAUUCGUAAGUGCUGAACAAUCUACUACCAUUAAAUCCAUUAACAAAAAAGGGGAUCACAUAAAAAAAGGCAUAGGUUGCGUAGGGCAAAAUGGCCCGCAUUGCUGGAACUUAUCUCGGUUUCAAAUUCGCUGGUACCUCUUUAU